AAUUUCUUUGUAAAAUACCACAUAUUAUAUGAGCGAGAAACGUCAACAUUCACUUGACUGUAAUUAUAUGAACGAAAUAAUUUUUUGUUGCUCGUCCCUCAAUCAAUUUUCAUUGCACCAAAGAAAAUAAUUAGGUGUGUUUUAUUUUUUUUUAAAUGUUUAAUUGAUCAGUGAACAAAUUGGUGACGACACAUCAUUUAUAAGUUAUUGCGGGCACAACAGAAUAGCGAAAAAAAGGGACAAUAUAUAAAUCGCAUUUUUUUAAUGUGAGAAUUACCUUUGCACAAAUAUCAGUGUAAUGUUUGUUUGUGUGUGCUCAAUUUAGUGAUAAAUAAUUUUGUGUGAAUUCAAUGCCAAUAAGAACAAAACAAAAACGAUUCAAUCACAUUUGAUAGUAAAAGUUGUAAUAAAAAAAUAUACUAAAAAGUGUUUGCUUCAAUUUGGGGACGAGCAUAGCAAUAAAAGAUUUUGUGUGUGUUCGUAUAGAGACAAAAAAAAAUCGCAUCAUGAAUCGUACGGAUGGGUUAGUACGACGAAAUAAAAGUCGGGCCACCACAGAAAAUGGCACUGCCGAAGGAAAUGCUUCAUCAGCCAAUAGUGUAGAUGAAAAUGAUGUGAUCAUCAAUGACCGCGACAAUGAUAUUGAUGACACAGACUCAAAAGAAACAAGGCUCACACUAAUGGAAGAAGUUUUGUUGUUAGGUUUAAAAGACAAAGAGGGUUACACAUCAUUUUGGAAUGAUUGUAUAUCAAGUGGCUUGCGUGGCUGCAUUCUCAUUGAGCUUGGUCUGCGUGGCCGAGUCGAAUUGGAACGAGCUGGUAUGCGCCGAAGAGGAUUAACAUCGCGUAAAGUGAUUCUCAAAUCUGACACACCGACUGGUGACGUAUUGCUGGAUGAAGCAUUAAAACACAUUAAAGAAACUGAACCGCCAGAGACUGUUCAAAGUUGGAUCGAAUAUUUGAGCGGCGAAACAUGGAAUCCAUUGAAAUUACGUUAUCAAUUGAAAAAUGUGCGUGAACGCUUAGCCAAAAAUCUAGUGGAAAAAGGCGUAUUGACGACGGAAAAACAAAAUUUUCUACUAUUCGACAUGACAACACAUCCGCUCAGUGAUAAUGUAGUAAAAUGCCGUCUAGUAAAAAAGAUUCAAGAUUCUGUGUUGACCAAAUGGGUGAAUGAUCCACAACGGAUGGACAAACGAAUGCUGUCACUAAUAUUUUUGGCGCAUGCAAGUGAUGUUCUAGAGAAUGCAUUUGCACCAUUAAAUGACGAAGACUAUGAGCUGGCCAUGCGUCGAGUUCGUGAACUACUUGAUUUAGACUAUGAAAAUGCGGCAAAAGCAAGCACACAAGAAAUUAUGUGGGCUGUGUUCAUGGCAUUCACGAAGUAAACAAACAGCAGUUAGGGACAAAUCAAAUCGAUGUAUUUUUUAAAUUGGAUUUUUUCUGUUUUUUUUUCUCUAAUUUCAUCCUCUUUCUAUAUUAUAUUGUUAAUUUGCCACUGAAUAAUCCCCGAUUUUAAAGAUAAUAAUCACCUUCAUAGAGUAAUAUUAUAGUUAAAAACAAGAUGAAGAAUACUAAGAACACGAAAUAACGCUAAACUUCAACAUAAGCAUUCGAAUAUAUACUUAAUAUUUGAUGAUUAUUUGUUUGGUAGAUGAAAUGUUAGUUUUGGAUUCUGUUGUUGCAACAACACAGAAAAAAAAAUCACCAAAAUAUGUUCGAUUGCUUUUAUACUAUGAAUAAACUUUUUGUUACGUGUGAGUUUUACAUGUUCAUAGCACCAUUGUGAUUUCUGACCGAUUUUUCAACACAUUCACACAUACAAAAUAAUCCUUUCACUUGCAGGGAUUGUCAUGCGAACAAAAAAAAAAUUGGAAUAUUUGUGAAACGCAACAGAAUUUGCAAACAAAACGAAACGGACAAACUGACAUUUUCAAAUGUAAUUUUAUUCUUUUUUUUAAGUUAUUUCAACUAGUCCUGGCUGAACUAUAAAAUAUCCAGAAAAAAUCUACAGAUAGAAAGUAAGAGACAGUCGUAUAAGUUGAGAUACAUUUUUCGUAGUUGAAUUUAAAAAAAAACACACACAAAAAUGUUUAAUUGUUCGUUUUAUGUGAAUGAACUUUAGAUUAUAACGUUCAAAAGAACUAAAAAAAAAUAUCUAACUCUAGAGAUUUAUGUGGCUGUCUUUUACCUAUAAACUGUCAAAGUAACAAUUUUGAAAAUUAAUUUUUCGUUAAGUUAAAUUUGAAAUAUUUUUAUUUUAUCAAUCAUUUAUUUUGAGGGUUAGAGAAGCAAUAGGAACGAACGGAAAAGAAAAAAAGAGCAGAAAUUGUGUAUAUAAAUAGGAAUAUAAAUUAAAAAAAAAAGAGAAUAAAUGGAAAAUUUGAGAUCAAUUGAGAGUAUAAUUCAAGCCAACUCUACGCCAAGUCAUGCAACGAUUUAAAAUUGACUUUUCUUUCGAAUAUACAUGAAUACGAUUAAAUAAAACGAUUUUAAAGAAAACAGCAACAGAAACACAAAAUGCAAUUUUCUAUUUUUCAUAAUAGGAUUUAAAAACGAGUACUAUAUCAAACAAUUUAGUUUUUAAUCAGAGACCGAAUUUAAUUCCAUUGAUACGAAUUAAACAUUUGGUUUUUAUUUUCGACAUAAUAAUUUAUGCAGUAAUUAGUAAACAUUCGCAUCCAAUUGCAAAAAUGUCAUUCAUUCCGCUUAAUGAUUGUUGGUUAAAACAGAAAACAACACAUAACAACGGACAUUAGAAGUAUGUUUUCUUUUUUAAUUUUAGACGCGGUUAAUUUCAGAUUAAUUUUUAGUUGGACAUUCAAAUAUUUCGUCAUUGAAUUAUCUAUUGCUUUUUUUUGGAAUUCUGACAUUCUACUAAUGUAAUAUUAUAUAUGAGCCUGUAUGAGUUGUCAAUAUUUAAAACUUAAGAUUAUUAUUGCAUACACACACUUGAGACAUAUUAACAGAGUCUGGCUGAUAAUAAAUAUACCGUAAUGUGUCCAGAUUUGUAAACGUCUUUGUAUACAAAAUCAAAUUUCCGAAUGAUUGAAAACCAAUAAAUUUAAUAAAUGUAAACAAUAAAA